AAAUUCCUAUACCUCUAGGAAGAAAAUAUAACAGUGACAGGAACCACAGCAAUUUAUACUCCUACUUGUGUUUUAUAAGAUAAAUAGAAUAAAUAAAUUUUAUAUUAUGAAGUACCAUUAAUUUACUUGGUUGAUAAGAAAGUAGUAGUAUUUGUCAGUAGUUAAAUAUGGACAGCCUAUGUAUGUAUGACUCUUAUCACGUUUUGAGCUGCCGUGAGGAAAUGUGCAGCUUUCAACACAAACUUUUCUCUACUUAGAGAGAGAGAGAGAGAGAGGGAGAGAGAAUGGAGGAAAGGAGAGGGAACCAUCCACUAUUGAGAGGGAGAAAGAGAGAGAGCUGUGGCAGCUAUAGCCAUGGCUUCUCUUCAUCUCAGAUCCAAUCACUCUCUGCCAUUUGUGAAGCUCUCAUUCCUCCCCUUCCACUCCCUAAUGAAAACCCACCUGAUGAUCAAGCCCUUCAUUCCUUCUACCAAAUCUCUGGGUCUCAUCCCCCAAUCCCAGAUGAGGUUGCAGAGCUAAUGGUGAAGAGGUGUUUGCCAGAACCUACGAUGUUAGGGAGUCUAGUUUUGAAGAUUCUUUCAACCAGAUUGGGGACAUUGUUGCUUUGUGGAUUUAUUUGCCUUGAUUGGAGAUGGCCAUUCCUUCACAAUUUCUCUCAACUUUCUUUAGGGAAGAGGGAAAUUGUUCUCCAGAAAUGGUCAAGGCAGAGUUACUUUCCCAUAUUGAGAGUAGCAUUCUUCCUGAUGAAAAUCUUAUGCAUCUACACCUUCUUUUCCCUGGCUGAUGAAAAUUCCAGAAACCCAGCAUGGGAAGCCAUUGGAUACCAGGUACGCACCCAAGAAAACAAAACCAAACGCCGAAAGGAGAGACCUCUUGAAAAGGGCAUUAUAGAAACUAUGCUUGAAAAUGACUCAACUAUAGUCCAAUCUCUCACCCAGAAAGGCCUAGAAGUCACAGAAGACCCACAUGAAAAAAUUCUCAAGAUCAAAUGCGACGUUGUAAUAGUGGGUUCUGGUUGUGGUGGAGGGGUUGCAGCUGCAGUUCUGGCAAGAUCUGGCCACAAAGUCCUAAUCGUCGAAAAAGGGAAUUAUUUCGCUCCAGAAGAUUAUUCAGGUUUGGAGGGUCCCUCCAUGAAUGAACUCUACGAAUCGGGUGGGCUUAUAUCGACUCUCGACGGGAAACUCAUAAUCUUGGCGGGGUCAGCGGUGGGGGGAGGGUCUGCUGUAAACUGGUCUGCUUCUAUAAAAACUCCAAACUCUGUUAUAAAGGAGUGGGCCGUGGAUCGAGCAAUCCCACUGUUUGGGAGCUCGGAUUAUGUAUCGGCCAUGGAUGUCGUGUGCAAGAGGAUUGGGGUCACUGAAAGUUGUGCGGAGGAAGGGUUUCAGAAUCAAGUUCUAAGAAGAGGAUGUGAAAAUCUAGGUUUGGAGGUUGAGUCGGUUCCACGGAACUCGGCCGAGAGUCAUUACUGUGGUUCUUGUGCUUAUGGUUGCCAAACAGGGGAUAAGAAAGGGACUGAUUCUACUUGGCUAGUUGAUGCUGUUGGUGAUGGUGCUGUGAUCUUAACAGGAUGUAAAGCAGAGAGAUUCAUAUUAGAAGACGACCAAAAUGGUUGUAGAAAGAAGAGAUGCUUGGGUGUCACUGCUGUGACUAUGAGCAAGAAUAUAACCAAGAAGCUCUAUAUAGAGUCAAGAGUGACAGUUUCAGCUUGUGGGUCUCUCAUGACGCCCCCUCUUAUGGUUUCCAGUGGUUUGGAGAAUUCACAUAUUGGGAAAAACCUCCAUCUCCACCCUGUUCUAAUGGCAUGGGGAUACUUUCCAGAAUCCGUAUCCGAUAUCAAAGGGAAAUGUUACGAGGGAGGAAUCAUUACCUCUAUCCAUAAGGUGGCUUCCGAGGAGUCUGAAGGCCAUGCAAUCAUAGAAGCCGCUGCAUUAGGACCGGGUUCUUUCGGCGUGUUGACUCCCUGGGUUUCUGGGUUUGACAUGAAGGAUAGGAUGAGGAAGUACAGUAGAACUGCUCACCUUUUUGCUUUGGCCAGAGACCAGAGCUCAGGGGAGGUGAGGGGAGAGAAAAUGAUAAAGUACCGGUUACACGAGGUGGACAAAGAAAACCUCAAAACAGGUUUGAGACGGGCGCUGAGGAUUUUGAUCGCAGCCGGAGCUGUCGAAGUGGGCACGCAUAGGAGUGAUGGGCAGAGGAUGAAAUGUGAGGGAACUGAGAAAGAGGACUUGGAGGAGUUUCUGGACAGAGUGACCGUGGUUGGAGGGCCAAAGUCGAGGGGUGAGUACUGGACCCUUUAUAGCUCUGCUCAUCAGAUGGGUAGUUGUAGAAUGGGUGCUACUGAGGAAGAUGGAGCAGUUGAUGAGAAUGGGGAGAGUUGGGAAGCUAAAGGGUUAUUUGUUUGUGAUGCAAGUGUCUUACCUAGUGCUGUUGGGGUUAAUCCCAUGAUCACCAUCCAGUCCACUGCUUAUUGCAUCUCAAAGAGAAUAACAGAAUCCCUGAAGAAACAAAAGAGUUUGGCAAAAUGAAUGAUCAUUUGCUUCUAUGUUUAGAUUUUUUCCUCCAAUAACAUGUAUUCUUGGUCCAAUAAUACAAAUUUCAACUUAUUAAACAUGUUUGACAUCAAAGCAGUCUCCAUAGCUACUCUCUUCAAAUGUAGCUGAUAUAACAGUUGCGUAUAUCCGAAAAUAACUCCAGUAUAGUGUGGGGAACUUCAAAAAAAGAGAUGAAGGAAUCGAGCAAAGGCAA